AUGGAGAAGUUCUCGCAAUUUCGAGAUCGAGGAUCGGGCAUUGCGCCAUUUCUUCCCAUCCCCUCUCAGCCGCUGGGCUGGAAGCUCCCACUCGGAAUCUUUUUAUUCUUCUUUCGCCUUCCAUUGCUCAUUUUUGUGUGCUUGAGUUAUUUCCUCCUGCUUCAAUGGCUGCCGAUAGGCUCGUUAGGGAAGAAGGCUUCGCUGUGGUGUAUCCUCGGCGUCCCCAGUAUCUGGUGGAUUGACCUCCAAGUGGACGGUGUGAGAAAGGGAUCGCUCUCAAAACAACACCAAGCCCGUCUCCCCGGCCCCGGCUCCGUGAUCGCCUCCUCCUUCACCUCCCCCAUCGACCCGCUCUACCUGGCAGCCAUCUUCGACCCGGUCUUCACAGUCUCAUACCCGAAUUCGCGCCGGGUCGAACACAUCUCGCUUGUCCAGGCUAUCCUGCGCGCCUUUGCCGUCCCGCAAGUAAGACCGCCGCCCGGCGCACGCCUGGUCGACAUCGCAAGUUUGCUAGACAAGUAUCCCGGCCGGCCCAUCGUGACCUUCCCCGAGUGCACCACGACCAACGCACGCGGAGUCCUGCCGCUGAGCUACUCGCUUCUGGGCGUUCCCCCGACAACCAAGAUCUUCCCUAUCAGCUUGCGGUAUACGCCGGGGGAUGUGGUGACGCCACUGCCCGGAAGCUACCUGAGUUUUCUGUGGAAGCUGUUGAGUAGACCGACGCAUUGUAUACGUGUCCGGAUCGCGGAGUGUGUGGUCAGGGGGCAGGUCAGUGCGGCGGACAAGACCGGGGCGUCGAAGCUUGCCCGCCAGCCGAGUUACGAUACCAAUUACUUUGACACCUUGGAGCCGAGCGACGGAGGUGCCCUUGCUCCUGGUGAGAAGGCGCUACUGGACCAGGUCGGGGAUGCUCUGGGUCGGCUGGGCAGGGUGAAACGUGUGGGAUUGGGGGUCAAGGAGAAGCAAGAUUUUCUUCGCUCGUGGACGAAGACGAGGCGGACGUGGUGA